AUGGUUAACUUACUGGGUUGUAUUUGCAUCCGUUCAGCUUUUGAGGCUUGUACAGCUAUGAUGAUAUACUACCUGCCGCUGUACCCUAUAAUAAAAUGUAUCUUCCUGAUUUUCUGUAUGGCGCCUAUCUCACAAAAUGGAUCUUUACUCAUCUAUAGACGUAUGAUACGACCACUUUUUCUUGAACAUUCAGCAACAAUUGACUCAGUGUUGAAUACUACAGCUAAUAUUGCUGGGAAUGUCGUGGAAAAUGCGACUCAAAAAGCAAUGGAAAGAAAAUGA